AUGACGGUUCGAGGCACUUUGCGACACGCUCUUACCUUCCUCUACUCACGCACCUUCCUAACGGAUUCCCUUAUCAUGGACGCCCAGUCAUUUCCUUCUGCAGUUCUUGACUCCCUUUUCCCCCCUCACGAAACCACUUCUACCACGUCCGACCAGUCCACCGAACAACAUAGCAUGCCUACUCCAGAACCGACUUUCGAACUCAUUAAACGCCAGCUAGACGCCGAUAUCCAAGCUGGCCGGACGGGGUACCGGGAGUUCUGCGACAUCAGUGAGGACAUCUUCCAUCAGAUCCAGGGACAGCAAUCUUCAACAACAAGACGCCUACACUGCGUUUACAACUUCGAGAAGCACUUGCUCCGUGUUCGAAUGCCCAAUGAGGCCCACGAAGAUGUCGCCCUUCAGCUCCACAGCCUCAUUGACCUCAAGCUCAAUGCUGAGGGCCUGAUGUACACCGCGUGCACCCCCACCCUGUCGCCCACCGUCAGACUUGGCAAUAUUGCUCUGCAGCCAGAUGGAGCUUGGCGCCCACGGGGAAGGAAGGACUGGACAGUCUGUGUCCAGGUGGGGGAUUCAGAAAGUGAACGCGAGCUUUUGCUCGACGCUCGACGCUGGGUUGAGGAUGAUGGCUCGCUGUUUAAGAUUUGCCUCAUAGCGAAGAUCAAGAGACUUCCUGAAGAGAUCGAAAUUAGUAUUAUACAGUCUUCCCCUUUCCGUGCUCGAAUUCUCCAGAGCAACCACACUUCUGCUAUGCUUAUAGCAAGUGCCAAGAUUAUCCGCCAUCAUCCUGGUCCUGUGGUCGAGUUCCAGGAUCACAGAAACCCUACCAACACGCUGAUGGCCCUUCGAUUUCCUAUCGUCGCAUUCGCCGGGCCCCAACCUCCGACUGGAGUUCAAGUCAACUUAGGGGGUGAUAUUGUGCUUACAGGACAGGAACUAGCGGAAAUUGGACGGAGACACUGGGUUCCGGAAUUUAACUACUGA